AUGACGCCGAUGAGAGAGCAGCUUAAAAUAUCUCUUUUGCCCCUCAUAUCGGUCUUCUUCCUCGCCCCGUCCCCGUCCCCGCGCGGCGCCCUCGCGCCCGCCUUCCUCCACCUGCCCCACCGCGCGCAGGCCCACGCCCUGCAUGCGCGCCUCCCCGCGCCCCUCGCGGCGGCGGCGCCCGCGGCAUCCACCGCGUCCCCCGAGGCGCCGGCCUCCGGGGCCGUCCCGGGGAAGCCCAUGGUGCUCGUCGCUGAGAAGCUCGGCGCCGGGGGGCUCGCGCUGCUGCGCGAGUUCGCCAACGUCGACUGCUCCUACGGCCUCUCCCCCGAGGAGCUCCGCGCCAAGAUCUCGCUCUGCGACGCGCUCAUCGUCAGGUCCGGGGGCCAACGUCUUUGA